CUUCAUCCAAUAUCCAAUAUCUGCCACUGGUGCAACUAGCUCUAACAACGAGUAAACGUACCACUGUUUCCGAAAUCUAAUUCAGGUCUACAAAGUCACAACACUGCAUCGCGUCUUCCAACCGAGUCGAAGAUGUUGUCGCAAGACUGGCGGAAAUAAUACGAGAGAAGACAACAAACACAAGAGAUAGAAAAAUCAACACUUUGUCGAGAACAAUGAGCGCCGAGAAUUCUCGUCCGCAUCGGCAGGACUGGAAUUCGCUUCCGCAGCGGCGGGGGGAGACAGAGGACAUCAUUUCGGAGGAAUUCGGUUCCUACCGCUGGGAACACCGGCAACAGCGCCGGCAAGAUCGUCCCUCCCGCAGAGAAAACACCGAUUCUUCGGAGGAAGCUGUCCCCCGCGUCCUGCCCCAGCAGCGACGCCGAAAACGGGGAAUGACGAGGAGCAGCUGCCUUUUCUCGGCCUUGUCCGUUUCCUUGUUUUUGUCGUUCACGUCGCCAGCGGAAGAAUCCCUCAAUUAUCCAGCGCACGCAACAGCACCGGAACCCUCACGAAGACAAUGGCAAACAACUGUAGCCUCGAGGAAACCAAAAGCAAAGAAAUCAACAGCAGCGAUGCGUUGGUGGUGGAGGCAACAACUCCUCCUCCUCUUCCUGCUAGUUUUGUUGCUAGAUUUUCGUCUGUAUUUCAAUCUUGGUUUGAUGCGGGGAGUUGUCGUGGAAGCGUUUAGUGCCGAUACUGGAAAAUCCACCACAAGGAUCAAACAACAAUUACAGCAGCCGCAACGAGAACCGAAAAUAUCAGUCCUCGCCUCUUUUAUCAACACCAACACAACAGGACCAACAAGAACUGCAACCACAACCAGUAUAUUCACGACGACAACGGCAUCUGCUGUCGUUCCCCAGAAGGCACAAACACGAAAACCAACUAGUAAUCGUCCGAAGACCAAUCGACGAAACAAUCAGAACCACCAUUGCCUAUUCUUUUCCGGCGACGAAGGAACAUUCAGGGAAGAAAACAAAUCACCAGUACUACCAGCUCAACUACGAGACCAACGACAACAAGAAGGCGCCUUGGACUGUUGCUACAAAUCAUUCAAUGCUGCCGCUGCCGCUGCUGCUCGAACCACAACCCCAAUACCACAACCACAAAGGUACGGCAAUCCCUUCCAUAAUCACCAUGGGAUUCACCGCCAUUUGCUGCCGUACUCGAGAGGAACACGAAACGCUCCAAAAACCAGGUUGCACAUGGCGGUGGGGGCUGUAAUGGUCGACCAUGCCUCGGCGGAAAGUGCCAUGUCCUUCUUGACAUCUUCGUUGCCAUCAUCCUGCCUGGCGUCGGCAUCGUCGUUCCUCCAGGAUCUUCCGUUAAGAAAUGCUGUUCCCGCUGUAGCUUCCGCUGCCACCGCCACCGGUCCAGAAGGAAACGCGAUGGAGGUUGUUUUGAAGGACUACGCCCCGGCCGCCACCUCCCUCUUCAACAACAUGAAACUCCCGGCCGCCGUGGUGACGGCCGGAAUGAUUUCCCUCGGCUUUGCCACCAGUUUCCCGGAGCUCCCCCGAGAAACACCCGACAACAGGGACGUCUUUCCGCCGCACAUUCGUGCCCGGUGCUCUGCCCUGAAGCGCCUCCACAUCGUCGUGGCGCUUAUCGCCGUCACAUCCGAGCUCAUCGUCGUCAUGUGGGCCGCCGUUGCUGUCAACCAGCUCACCGAGAAGCGGUAUCCCCUCUCGACGAGCGUAUGGGAGCUCCUCCAGGGCGACCCAAGCUGCGACCUGGCAUGGAGCGCGGUCAACUCGCACUUUGUGCUGGGAAUCAUCGGCUUUGUCGCCAUGCUCACCCUCCGGGCGUACGUCAUGCUUCUGGCGGCGGAGGCCUCUGGAGCCCUCAUGACAGCUGCGUCGACCGGGACCGGGGCCGCCCUCUGCCUCAUGAUCUCCAUCGUCAACCGGGGGGUUGAAUCCGGCGGAGGGGGAACCGGGGAGCGCUACGGGACGACCAUUCUGGAUUUGCUGAGGCACUAUGUGGUUCUCCUAGCGAAGAACGCCACCAACGAAGCAUCGCCGGGGCCAUUGCAGCUGGUGGCGAUCGUCCUCGAGCUCACCUCGCUGGUGUUUAUGGCGAACGUCCUGAUCUCGGACAACGGGGACGGCCUGAACGCCUCCAGCACGUUCGCCGUCUCUCCUMGAGCGAACAGCGACGCAGACGCAGAUACUGACGGCGCCGGGGUCAGCUCGAAUGACGAUGAGUGUCCUGUGAUCGACGUCUUGGAACUCGAGCUCGAGGAGCCUCUGCCGCCCGCCUACGUAUCCUCUAGCACCAACGGAAGCGGCAGCGGCAGCAACGGCUUGGUGGUUCUGUUAGACGAUACCCGCAACAGCACCGUGGCCAAGACCACACCAUCACCGAUCGCCGAGAACAACAGCGAUGCUGGCGCAGCUACCACGAAUUCAAAAACAAAAUCCCAAAACACCCGGGCGGCAACGAGGGAGGAACGCAAGAAGCUAGCGAGAUGCCUGGCCAUGGAGGAGGAACAGCAGGAAGCAGAAGAGAAACGAAAGCAGCAAGAACAAGAGGAGGAGGAGGAAGAGCGGAGACGGCGGGAUUCCGGGGAUUUCCCAUCCGUAAACAUCGUAUAGCGCAUCAUAACAUAACAAGACGGAUCAUCCUACGUGGUGUGGAUUUCGUGGACAAUGGAUUUGGUGGUCUGGGUUUGUUUAACCCGUACACGAUAGAUCAAUUAAAAAAUGGCAAAUGC